AUGGUAGGUAAAAAGAGGAAUGCCGUGUAUUCUGAACCUUCAAAAGGACCCUCAGCAGGUAAUACGCCUGGAAAGAACGGUGCAAACGAGUCGGAGUUACUCAAGUCUGGUCUACUGGGGAAUGUACAAGAAAAGUUAAUGUUGGCGCUGUUUACCACUCGGCCCGGUCAUGAUAUCCUGGAUCUAUACUACGGACUGUCUUGCGGUCAUGUCAAUCUUCAUCAAUAUAAGAAGUGGCAAAGCGCGAAGCAUCGUGGCACUUCGGAUGAUGAGCAUUACAAAAAUAUGGUCAAAAAAUGGACCGAAUCAUAUACGUAUAUUUGCAAGUUGAUGGACUUUCUGCUGCAAAACGAGCUGGAGUACAUGGACUAUACCUCAUACCGCGAACCAGUGCAUAAACUGUCGCUGCGAUUCUUGUUGGAUGCAAACACAGAGGUGCUUAUAGUGGACGACGAUUACAACCUGAUGUUGGAUUUUCUUCUUCAUUGCCGACCCAAGAUCGAGCAAGCACUUAAUCAAGGAAAUCUGCCGUCUUUGCUUUUCAAGGCAGCACGCAAAAAGCAGCGCAUCUAUCAAUUGAGCGGGAGAUACACAUGGUACACUCUAAAUGCCCAAGAGUUUAAUAAGGCUUCAGACAUCGUUUACAAGUAUUUAACGGUCCUAACCGACAAGCUCACCGCUCAACAAGAUUUGAUACCGCGACUGCAACCAUUUUUCGACGUUAUGAACUCUAAUAAAAUUGCCCAUUUCUCUAGGGUAGACAGUGCUAGUUCAGAAAUACUUGAAAACGACUCGGGAAGUGACACAGAAGAUUGGCCAGUCAAGAAGGGCGGUGCCUUCCAAGAUCGCGUGUAUUCAUUUGACUUGAAUGACGACGGUACUUUGGAGACUCUCAACGUCUUCAGUCGAACCCGGAAAAGGCAUCAAACUCUUUACUACGUCCUGCGACUGCACGAACAAAAUUCAUCUCCACUUUUGAAAGCCCAAUUCUACACUUUGUGCGCCUUGCUGGAUCCUGUAACUCAGCCAAUACCGAACGAUUCACACAUCAUUUCGAUUGACUUGCUUUCAGACAUGUUUUUGGGCCUUCUAAGCAAGGAGAUCGAAACUCUCUCAUUAAACUGGCGUUUCCAUAUUUGCUUCAAUCUUUACAAGAUCGUGCACGCAUCACUACGACGUCUCAAUUGCGAUAACUUCGAAAGACUUAACUCGGUCAACAAUAGCGACGAUUCUGUUGACUGGAGGAGAAAUCUCCAUAAGUGGCUCCCGCAAGGCUUGAAUACACAGGAUCUUGAGCUGGUUUACAUGGUGGACCUCUUGGCGGUGUAUCUUCUCUACAAACUAUAUCGUGACUUGCCAGUCCAGAUGAACCCUUUCCUAGGUCCAAUGAUAUCACUUUGGAAAAACCUUACAUUUGUGGUCCUACUCGGUCUUGAGAUUGAUCGAUUCGAAGAGGAGCAGGAGACCUAUACAACUCCCGUGAUCGUUCGUGCCACUAUCAGAGGAGCUUCGGCGCUAAGAAGCGUUGUGGCUACCAUUUUGAAUGGCCAUGUGGACUAUAAACGUCACGACUUCAAGCAUGAACCUAUAAACAUAUUCAUGUCCCCACACGGGCGCAAGCUCUGUCACGGUGCCUUAUACACAGAUGUUCGAUCGCAUGCGGCGGCUAUGUUAGCUCUAGGGAUUGACCUUGAGGACGUUACAAGCCUAUUGAGCGAUUUGCAACCAGGAGACAGAUUCGACGAGGACGUCAAGUACAUGUUCGACUAUGAGUAUGACAAUUACAAUGAGGUAGAUACCGAAGAUCUGGAUGACGAAGAGCUCGAAGAUGCAGAAUCUCGUGAGAGGAUCAAGGAAAUGAGGGCCUAUUACAAAAGGUGCCACUGUCGCUUUGACGACGACGAGCUGUUACCUGAUGAUGAGGAAUGUUUUGAAUCAACCUCGGCUAAAGUAAGGAGUUUCCGUGAAGCUCCACCAGAAAGUAGGGUGAGCUUGUCGUCCAGUGGCAAACCCGUUGCCCAGAGGUCAAGACGAGAUGGUGUUGAAUUUGAUUUCAACGGGCGAGAUUGGAGAGAUAUUCCUCGUGGUAUGAAUUUCUACUUUAAUGAACUCUACCCAUUCGAGCCGAAUCUGAGCAUCGACAUCGCAGGACCCUUAAUGAAGAUCGCGGGAGAACGAAAGUUGUCGUUUGAUGAAGGGAAAUUGCUCUUGACAAUGACGGCCACUUGCGUUGCUCGAGAGCAAGAACAAACUGUCCUCCAGUCUGCUGUCUCGAGCCAAGGAGAUCAAGAUUUGAACAGCAGGUACAAAUUCGUUGGUGAUGGCAAUUUGACAUCAGAUUACAUUUACGAGCAUUGGUGCGAGGACUCGCUCUUUGAGCGAACUUUGAAAUACAACGAGGUUCUCGUUUGGCGCUUGAUGGAUGAAAUGUUGAUGUGCAGCGGAUAUCGCCGCGUCCUCAUCUGGUUCAUUACUCACUUAGAGGUCAAUAGGUCCAUGAUUGAAUACAUAUUCACUCUGAUAAUGGGUGGAAGAGGAGAACCAAAAGGUUCGAAUGGGGGCCAGAACAAACCAAAGGAGAAAGCGGCUUACGAUCAAGUUACAUUUUCGAGGCAAGGGUCACUGCAACUCUCGGAGGUGGAAGUAAAAAUGCUCUUGCAAGAAAUUCUCACGAACUUUGCGAUCUUCUUUUCGAAGUACGGACGCGAAACUGCUGAGAUUUCGGACACCGAAAUUCCGGAAGAAGAUCCUGAUCAUGGGAUACCGCCAAGAAUCCUGGGUUUCAUGAGAUUAGUAUGCCUCAUGAUCAAGCGAUUGAUGGCAGAGAAAAAAUUCGAUUUCGAUGACCCCGACUAUAUAUUCGAGCUGCAAACUUUGUUGAUGAGUUGGAUCUGCGUUUUGCCAGACGCCCGCGAACUUUUUUUCGAACUCAAAUCGAUGACUGUUGAGGAGUCUCACAAUGAAGACGCCAAGACUCCAGAACGCUCAAUUGCGAGGCCUUCGAGCGAAAAGACGGAUGUGCUUGACGUCACCACACCAAGCUGGAGCACCAUGUCCGAAAACAGCAGCGUGGGUUCUGCUGUAUCGAUUUACAAUGACAAACUGCUUGCACUUCUGCCCGCGGUUGGUGGAAGUCAAAACAGUGCGGUGAUCGCUUUACGCAAUUUCAUCAGCAAGCAUUCACUCACAAUGAAGACUGCGGUUCUUGGUCGUCGCGUGGUCUCCCAAGAUGACGAAAUUUUGGGGAUGUACAUGUCCGACCGAGAAAUGGAUAAUCGCCAAUUCUUGGCAGAAUUUGGUAUUGACUACAACGAUUUCCAGGACGGAAUCUACGACGACGAAUUCGACUACAAUUAA